AUGACAGUCGAUACCAACAUAUACGAUGCCGUCAUCGUGGGAGCGGGGUUUGCCGGAAUCUAUCAAUUGCACCGAUUCGUGAACAUGGGCAUGUCUGUCAAGCUGAUCGACAAGGCGGGAGGCCUCGGAGGCACAUGGUACUGGAAUCGGUACCCAGGAGCUAUGAGUGACACCAAUUCAGUGGUCUAUCGCUAUUCCUGGGACCCCGAAGACCUGCGCGAGUACAAAUGGCCGAGACAUUACGUGCGCCAGCCCGAAGUGUUGGCCUACCUCGAGCAUGUGGUGGAGCGCUACGACCUUGAGAAGUACAUGCAAUUCAACACCGAGCUGGUUGGCAUGGAAUACGAUGAGGUUCGGAAGUUGUGGAAGAUCGAAACCCCCAAUGGGCCCCUCACAGCUCGUUAUGUGGUGACGGCCCUUGGUUUGCUCAACCGCCAGAACUGGCCGGAUAUUCCCCACAUGAAAGACUACCAGGGCGAGAUCCACCACACCUCCAACUUUCCCAAAGAGUACGACUUCACCAAUAAACGGGUCGGUGUCAUUGGGUGUGGGUCUACGGGCGUUCAGGUCAUCACCGCGCUGGGACCCCAGGUGAAGCAUUUGACAUGUUUCCAACGACGCCCCCAGUACAGCGUCCCCGCCGGGGAUGCACCCGUGACGGAGGAAUAUCGGGAUUACCUCAAGGAAAACUACGAUCAGAUCUGGGAUCAAGUCAGGGGCAGCUUUGUUGCCAUGGGAUUCGAGGAAAGCACCGUCUCGGCUCUGGAAGUGUCCGACGAAGAGCGUGAACGCAUCUACCAGGCGGCGUGGGAUAAGGGCAAUGGGCUACGCUUUAUGUUUUGGACGUUCAAGGACCUGACCACGAGCGAAGCGGCCAACAUAACGGCCUGCGAUUUCAUCCGCCGUAAGAUCGACCAGAUUGUCAAGGAUCCCAAGAAAGCCCGAAAACUGAAACCGACUGAACUGUACGCACGACGGCCGCUCUGCGAUUCCGGGUACUAUGAGACCUUCAAUCGCGCGAAUGUGGACAUUGUGGAUGUCAAAGCCACGCCCUUUGUGAAAUUUACGCCCACCGGGAUCCAAACGGCGGAUGGCGUGAACCACGAACUCGAUGCGGUGAUCUGCGCGACCGGAUUUGAUGCGGUGGACGGCAGCUACUCGCGACUGGGGAUCCGAGGCCGUGGUGGCAAGACACUGCAGGCUCACUGGGAAACUGAGCCCCGUACUUUCAUGGGCUGCGCCAUGGCCGACUUUCCCAACUUGUUCAUGGUGAAUGGGCCCCGAACGGUCUUCGCGAAUAUCCCCCCGUCUAUUGAAUCGCAUGUGGAAUUCAUCACCGAUCUCGUGGCCCAUGCCGAAGCGCAGCGAAACGGCGCGAGGCAAUCGGUGGAGGUCGAAGUAACGAAGGAAGCGGAGGAUCGAUGGGCAAAGUUGUGUAUCCAGGCUAGUGAGGGAAGCCUGUUUACCAAGACCGAUUCGUGGAUCUUUGGUGCCAAUGUGAAGGGCAAAAAGAAGGCCGUCCUCUUUUACUGGGGUGGUCUCGGUACAUUCCGCAAGAUCCUUCGCGACGAGAGGGAGGCUGGAUAUAAGAGCUUCAUCCUAAUCUAG